AUGGUUAAAGUUUCUAAAAUUCUUGUAUAUUUGGUACUUAUCGUCCAUGUUCAUUUAACGACUAGUUUACUUACUCAUGUAUUCGAAGAACGUAACUUGACUACCUUAUUAGCAAAUACAUCAGGACAUAAUCUGGAAAAAAGAAUUAUUUUCCCCCAAUUUGACCCACUUAAACUUAAAGAAACAUUAAUUGAGCGUCCAGCUGAACUUCCUGAUCAGGUAGAGCUGUUACACCUUCCUUUGGCUUGUAAAUGGCUUAGGACUUUUGUUGCAUUUUGUAUUUGUUGUGUAUUAAGCAAUCGAAAUGUGGUGUUUGAUGAACAAAGGUACAUUCAAGAUCCUUCAAGUAUCGAUCAAUUAAUAAAAGCACGCGUUUAUGGUCCUAAGCUUGGAGAAAUGUUUCGUGAAUAUCGUAUAUCACAUUAUUAUAAUCGCGUGUAUUUCGAUGGUACAGCCAAAGAUUUUGUAAUACCUAUAUGUCGUACUUCAGAAGCAAUUCCAAUUAAACGUUUCACAUAUGAGCUUCAAGUACCGUGUUUACCUAAGGCUGCUGAAGAUAUUUUGCGUUUUUAUGAUCCUUCAACACCAUUUUCUACAUCCGAUGAUCUUAUUAGACCACCAAAAGGCAAACAACUUUUAUUAAAUGCACAAGGAUUUUCAGAGUUUUACGAAUUAAUGUUACAAGAUAAAUAUAAUAUAUUGGGAUAUCGCACACAACGUUCUCUGCUUAAUAUUCAUCGCCAAGUGCUAAAAUAUUUAUCUGAAGAUAUUAGCAUAGAUAAUUAUUUUAAUCUUAUCUACUACAAAUUUGGAGUAAAAAUUGAUAUUUUAUUGCGCAAAAUUACAAACUUAGUAGAUCAUGAUGGUUUAGUAAGUCAAUCUAUAGCCGAUCUAAUGGUUAUAUGUGAGGAAGAUGGAUAUACUCAUACAAAUUAG